UGGUGACGGGUUACCGUAGCGACUCGGCUCUGCAUUUUCCUGUAAACUUCAAGGUUAACUCGGCUUGAGGGGGGAAAACAAAAAAAAAAAGCGGGAAGGCCGGGCAGCUGCCUGCACCCCAAGACUCUCCCCGGCGGCGGCGGCGGCAGCAGGAACACUGGAAUCGCCCCCUUUCAGCACAGGUGGAGGAUCCAGCAGUCCUUCCGAGGGGGGCAGCUGGGUUUACUGUGAAGAAACAUGCAAGAGAACAAAGUGGAGCAGACUCCGUCUCUGUCCCAGCUGCUGAGGGAGAGCUACCUGGCGGAGGCCAGAGCCCAGCAGCGCCACAGCGAGAUGAGUCGCUCCGACGCCUCGUCCUCUCGCCUCCAGAUCUACGGCUCUCUCAAAGGCAAGGCCGAGGACCCCACGGGCCUCAACGACGCCCAGUUCCCGGACCUGUCGGCCUUCCUCAGCCAGGAGGAGCUGGAUAAGAGCGUGAACCUGGCCCGGCAGGCCAUCGGACACGACCCCCGUGAGGAGAGGCCAGAGGUCAAGGCCUCCGUCGCACCCUUAACCUCCUCAGGCAUUUCCUCAGCUUCGGUUUCCUCCACCGCGCCCCCGGCUACCCCUUAUGCCGCGAUCCCGACUGGGCCCUUAACUCAGCCAGCCCCAGAGUUUAGGGAACUGCCAGCAGCACAAACUCCCGACAGGAACUUGCACAAAGCGUUCGCACAGCAGGACAGCGUGAUCGGGAGCGACGGCGAGGCGCUCCACGACUACAGCAAGCCGGCCAGAAACACCCCGUACGGUCCCGAGACCCAGUCCAAGAAGGAGUUCCUCAACAAGGCGGCGGACUUCAUCGAGGAGCUCUCCUCCCUCUUCAAGGCCAACAGCUCCAAACGGGUCCGGCCGAGGGCCUGCAAGACCCACCGGAGCCGGGUCCCCAACAAGACGCCGGGCGACGGGGAGGCGUACGCCCUCGGCCCCGACAGCAGGGAGCGCAGCCUCAUGUGCCCAGAGGCCGAGAAGGAGAGGCCGAGUCCUGCUGCGAGCCACCAGCCGGCGGUCCUGCCGGACCCCGGGCAGGGACAGGCGGAGUUCCACGGCGGCAGGGUUACCGAGGAGCAACAACACGAGCCCGUUUCCUGGGAGGCAGAGCGAGAGGCUCCGGCAGAAACGCCGCACUCGGCAGAGCCUGUGUGCGAGCCGCCGCAAUUCAUCCAGAAACUGAAAAGCAGGGAGGUUCCUGAAGGCAGCAAGGUCCAGCUGGACUGCAUCGUGACAGGACUCCCAGUGCCCGAAGUCCGGUGGUUCUGUGAGGGCAAGGAACUGGAAAACAGCCCUGACAUUCAGAUCAUCACCGACGGCGAGCUGCACUCUCUGAUCAUCGCAGAGGCGUUUGAGGAAGACACCGGGCGCUACUCCUGCUUCGCCUCAAAUUUCUACGGCACCGACUCCACAUCGGCAGAGAUCUACGUCGAAGGAGCCUCCUCGUCAGACUCAGAGGGGGAGCAACAUUUUGAACAUGUAGCCCAACCACAAAGGAAACAAGUAAAGCUGUCCCCAUCAUUACCUCCGUCAUCAAAUCAAGCUGUUUCUGCAAAAGAGGAAGACUCUGCGUCGUCCCGGCCUGAAGCAGCUGCUGAGGAGGCAGCAGAGGAGCGCUCCUCGCCAGAAAACAGCCCGACGGCCACAGACCCCGUCCCGGUUCUCCGGAUACCUGCAGCUACACCCGCAGCCCCAGAACUCCAGCCUGCUCCGGACGGGGCCGCAGCGUUACCUGCACAGGUGUGUCCCGCUUUAUCAGAUGAUACAGAGCUCCCGGCAGCACCAGAGGCGGAAACACCUGUGGCCAUCGUACCCACGCCGCACACGGCUCCAGCUGCAGCGACCGCUUUGAACCCAGCAGGGGCCGAUCCAUCACAAACACCACAGCCAGAGAGUCAAAGUUCAAACCACAGCUAUCCACAAGGACUCAACGGACAACCCAUCAUGGCUGCUCCUGUAUUCACAAAGAGCCUGCAGGACCUCGGUGCACUGGAGAGCCAGCUGGUGGUGCUAGAGUGUCGUGUGAAGGGAGUGCCAUCACCCAGGGUGGACUGGUACCGGGAAGGGAAACUCAUUGAGGACUCCCCUGAUUUCAGGAUCCUGCAGAAAAAGCCCAGAUCUCCAGCUGAAACAGAGGAAAUAUGCACUUUGGUCAUUGCCGAGGUGUUUCCUGAAGAUUCAGGGAUGUUUACUUGUACAGCGAACAACAAGUAUGGAACCGUGUCGAGCACGGCUACACUGAGGGUCAAAGGCAAUGGCAGCGAAAGCAACCACAUGAGGCCUUUCACCACCCUCACCAUAGAGCCCAGUCGAAUUCUAGAGUUUUCCAAAUCAGAAGCGACGGUGAGCCAACCAGAGGUCCCAGUGGCCAACAGCAUCAAGCCACACUCCAGCACCAUUCGGCUGGACCCACUCGUCCCCAGCAGCGUGCGCCUGGACCCCUUAAACACCAGCACCCUCCGCCUGGACCCGCAGAGCUCCAGCAUGUUGCGUUCAGACCCCGUUCGUUCCAGCCUGCCCAGUCUGGAACCCUCCUGCCUCGACUCUCGCAGCAUCGUAGAUCCUGGCGCCCUCCAUCAGCACCCUCCUGGGUCCAACGGGGUUCUUCCAGAAGCUCAGAGCAGCAGGCAGAUCCUCCCUUACCCAAAGCCAUUUGUUCCUUCAGCAGAACAGGAAGUGCCUCGACCGUCAGUGACGUCGCCUGACGCGAGCAACAGGGUGAAGGGCGUCCCAAACCAUCAGAACGGGAGCCCCGUCGUGGUGCCUCUGCCCGAUCCUCCUCCUAACUCCUGUCUAAAGACGGGCACCGCCACCAACCACAAGGAUUCGCGCUCCGGCUCCAGAGUCGGCCUGCGUGUGCACUUCAAACUGCCCGAAGACGAGGAGGAGGAACAGAAUGACGCGUCCGGUCAGUCUGAUGAAGACGUCGCUCUUGCUUCGAUAAACAAGGAACCACCACCUGUGCUGGCUAAACCCAAACUGGACCCAGCUCAGCUCCAGCUCCUGCAUAACCAGGUGCUCAUGGAGCAGCAGCAGGACCCCGAGCCUCCGACCCGGUCCAGCGUCCAGACGCCGUCCCACCCCCCAUUCCAGAGCCACACCAAGCCCGAGGUCCAGAGCGCCCAGGAGGUGACCACGCUGUGGUCUCCCAGGCUGCACCGGGAGCCCCACAUGCCGCCUUUCCAGGCCCACCACGAGGCCCCGGCAGCCCCGCGGCAGACCGCACCUCCUCUGAAGACCACCGUGGCGCCCCCCGCCCCCACCCUCAGCACUGCUCCAGCUCCCAGAACCACCUUCUCGCCCCCGUUCAGCGCUGCUCCCGCUCCUUCGGUGAGCUCCCCUCCUCCUCCUCCGCUGAAGACCUCCUCGCUGGUGACGGCUCCUCCUCCCGCUCCUCAGCUGAGCGCCGCCCCCUUCCCACAGGUCAACGCCAUCCACGCCUCCCACCUCAACCUGUCCCCCGCAGCUCACCCCAGAACCACGUCCGCGCCCCAGUUCUUCGCCCCGCCCGCGCCCAAGUUCAGCACCGCCCCCGCAGGUUCUCCCGCGGCCUCGCAGGACGUGGCGUCUCCGGCCGCUCUGCUGAGGAGCGCCCACGCCUCCCUCAUGAACCUGACCUCCAUCUCCAGCAGCUUCAGCUACACGCGGCCGAAAGAGUUCAUCGCCGCGCAGAUCUUCUCGCCGGUCCGGAGCCCGUCCCCGACGGAAUCGCCCGUGCCCCUCCUUCAGGAGCUGGCCGCCGAGCUCAACUCCUCCGCCGCCAGCUCCCCGACCCUGCCGCCGUUCUCCCCCCCACCCAGGACCUUCCCCACAAGGGUGCUCAUGUCCCCCACCAGCCCCCCGUCCCUUGUGUCCUCGCCGACUCCGGCGUCGGCGCCAUUCCUCAACAGCCUCUUCGGCCUGCGGGCCCAGUCGCCGCCGCAGGCCUCGUCCCCCGCCUCCAGCAGCUCCACUCCCAGCCCCAUCCAGAACCCCGUGGCCUUCCUCAGCGCCGUGCUGCCGUCGCUGAGCCUGGGCCAGCCCACCAACUCCAUGGGACUGCCCCGAGGAGCUCCCGUGGGGUUGCAGAAAAAGGCUGCCAAGCCGCGCGUCCCAUCAGUCGAAGACGUCCGCGAGAGCAGGGAGCUCCUCCUCCAAGACAUCGAGAAGAAGCUUCAGUUCAGACACGACUCACAGCAGUUUGCACAUCAGCAGAAGCUGAAUAUUGAGGGGAAAACAGCGAGCAGACCGCUUGGACCAAACAUUCCUGCUACUGUCAUUAACUAUGAUGAGGAGUACAAAGUGUCCAGUUUCGAGCAAAGGCUAAUGAGUGAGAUUGAGUUCCGUCUGGAGCGAACUCCGGUGGAGGAGUCGGACGACGAGGUGCAGCACGACGACGUGCCCAACGGGAAGUGCAUCGCACCCAUAUUCGACAAGAAGCUGAAGAACUUCCGGGCGAUGGAGGGCGUGCCCGUCACCUUCUCAUGUAAAAUUGUGGGAAUCCCAGUGCCGAAGGUUUACUGGUUCAAGGAUGGCAAGCAGAUUUUGAGGAAGAACAUCCAUUACAAGAAGAUAAGAGAAGGAGACGGGACCUGCGCUUUGCACAUAGAGUGCACGACCAGUGACGACGACGGCAACUACACCGUCAUGGCGGCCAAUCCGCAGGGACGAAUCAGCUGCUCCGGUCAUCUGAUAGUCCAAACUGGACCGCCCCGAAGCCGCCUGACACCCAUUCAUGCUCAGAGGGUGCGAGCCCGCAUCCAGGAGGUGGAGGGCGAGCAGACCCAGGAGCGUUUCUUCCGCCCUCACUUCCUGCAGGCGCCGGGGGACAUGAUGGCUCACGAGGGGAGGCUGUGCAGGCUGGACUGUAAGGUGAGCGGGCUGCCCAGCCCGGAGCUGAUGUGGCUGGUGAACGGAAGACCGAUCUAUUCAGACAUGUACCACAAGAUGCUGGUGCGGGAGAACGGCGUCCAUUCUCUGGUCAUCGACCCGCUGACGCAGAAGGACGCCGGAACUUACACCUGCAUCGCCAGCAACAAAGCCGGGCAGAGCUCCUUCAGCUUGGAGCUGAAAGUCGUGGAGAAAGAGAUGAAGCACCCGCCGCAGUUCGUGGAGAAGCUGCAGAACAUGGGGAUUCCCGAGGGGACCCCCGUGAGGCUGGAGUGCCGCGUGGCGGGGAUGCCCCCCCCAGCCAUCUUCUGGAAGAAAGACAAUGAGACCAUUCCGAGAACUAAGGACAGAAUCAGCAUGACCCAGGAUGCAACAGGAUACGUGUGUCUCCUCAUCCAGCCCACAAGAAAAGACGACGCUGGCUGGUACACGGUGUCGGCCAAAAACGAGGCCGGGGUCGUGUCCUGCACCUCCAGACUUGAUAUCUAUGCGCAGUGGCAUCAGAGCAUCCCGGCGCCCAUGAAGAGACCGCCGCGGACGGGCAGCCGCUACGCCGCCCUGACGGGCCAGGGCCUCGACAUCAAGUCCAUUUUCCCCACCUCGGACGGCGGCCCCAUCCUGUUCUCCAGCUCGCCGCCCGAGGCCACGCUGGAGAGCGAGGAGCUGUGAGCGGACGGCCGGGAGGAGCCGGGGGGAAAUCUGUGUGGUGCUUUUGAAGUGAUACAUUCAGAUUAGAGCGGCGGAGAGUGUUCUAGUGUUAACGCUGCCGAGCGCCGGCACCGGGGUUGUCACCAUUCCUAUUUACUCAAGUCAGUACGAGGGGCGUUUCAGACGCAGGUUUGCGAAGUCUUAGCUCAUGAGCCAUCGGUGGAGGCGGGAACUGCUUUCUGACCGGCUUGAAUGAUUCACUUUUCUGAGUGUGUGUUCUUAACUGUUACUCCUGCUGUCGAAGCGGUUGCAGCAUCACUGAUUUCUACUGCAAAUCACACACGUGAGGUAGUCGCAAUAGUUCUAUAUAUAUUUAUAGUUUAAAGUAUAUUAUUAGACCGUUUGAAUGUGUCAUUUGGAUCAGGCAACGAUGGAAAUGGCUCCAGCAGGGUCGGAUCCCUUUUUACCUUGAAUUAUGAUUUCUUGAAGUUCAUCACCAGUUCACAUGUUGUGGCACCAUGUUUUUCAUGUAUAUGCAUGACGGCGAUCCAGACCCGGAUGAACAAGCGGCUGCGCUGUCGGGCCCAUCCUGUUGAUGGCUUACAGUUCAAACACUGACAACACUUUCUUUGAUUUAGUUUUCUCUGACAGGUGAUGUGAUUCAUCUCUAAUUUAACAAAGAUGUAUCUCUGAGUCCGCGAACUGACAGUCGAUCAGCCACGAUGGAAAAGUUAUUCACCACGAGCGAUAAACUUAACUAAAUUCAAGUGAGUUUGAUGUAAAGUUGCACAUUGUAAAAUAGUUUUGUCCUUCUCAGAAUAAAGUUAUAUU